GCUUCUCUUCUCUUCUCUUCUCUUUUUGGUGUGGCAUCAAAAACUCCAUCAAAAUCAAUCCCGUAAGGCCACCACCACAGACGGCCCCUCUGCUCUCCUCUCCCGGAUUUCAGUUCCACCAGCAGCCGCCAUGGCCGCCGCGGCAGCAGCUGCGCGUCUGCACACGGGCCUCCCUCAUCGCCGGCCCUGACACCGGAACGUGGUGGCUGAAACGAAGGGUUCGGGGGAUCUUUUGCUGCGCCACGAGCUGGCUGCUUGAUUGAUUCGGCCUGCUGCUCCUGGCUCGCUGGGCUGGGCAUGACGAGGGGAGGCGGUGGAGGAGGAGACGGCAAGGGCCCGCUGUUCCCGCGGCUCCACGUCAGCGACGCAGGCAAGGGCGGCGGCCCGCGGGCUCCGCCCAGGAACAAGAUGGCGCUCUACGAGCAGCUCACCGUGCCGUCCAACCGCUUCAGCUCCCCCGCCCCCGCCCCCGCCCGCGCCGCGGGGGCCAAGGCCAGCCUCGUGCCCUCCACGUCGGCUGCCCAGGUUUAUGGUUAUGACAGGACUCUGUUCCAGCCCUUUAAUGUGCCUUCAAAUGAACCUGCUCGUUCAUCUGAAAAGUUCAAAGGAAACUGUAUCAAUGGGCAGUCUAAUAGUACAAGAAGAGAAUCUCUGAGGAUGUCCUCACAGACCAAGAGCAAGGAUGUUUGUGCUUCAAAAUCAAUUGCCGGGUGCACCUCACAGCAUAGAGGGGGCAACACCAUCAAGUCUUCUGGGAAGAAAGUGGUCAAUGAUGAUGAAUUUAUGGUUCCUUCCAUCUGUUCUCCUAGAAUUUAUCGAUAUUCUACUCAAGAACAUGCAGACAAAUCCAAACCCCAAUCUACUACAAAUCCACACAAAAGUCCUUCAAUGUCCAAAUCAUCUGCAAAGUGCUAUAGUACUGUGAAUAAGCACUUGGACAGAAUGAAUGAAGCUGAUAUGAGGUUAAUGAAUUCUCCAAAGGUUAAGGAGAAAGAAGCAGUGCAAGUACCAAAAGGUGUGGAAGUUAAAGAAAAGGAUUCAUCAAUUCAGGCAUCAGAAAAGUUCAAAGACAAAUAUGCUAAACUAUGUCAAAUGAGGAAUAAGGUGAGUAAUAUUAAUCGUUCUGACAAUAACAGUUGCCAACCUACAAGCGUGAAUGGAAAAUCCACAGAAGCAAAGAACCCUACAGCAACUAGAAAUCCAUCAUCCUGUAAACCAUGUACUGAUGUAGAUAGCUCUAACUGGAAUUCUAAUUUACUGGAAAGAAGCCCACGGGAAGGUGGUGCAAAGAGAAAACGACAACAUCACAGUGGAGAGCAAAAUGAUGAUUUAUCUGACGACUCAGUGGAAUGCAUACCUGGGUGGGAGCUCUCUCCAGAUGAAAUUGCUGGAGCAAUUGGUCCAAAGCAUUUCUGGAAGGCGAGAAGAGCUAUUCAGAAUCAGCAGAGGGUUUUUGCUGUCCAAGUGUUCGAGCUGCAUAAGCUGAUAAAAGUGCAGAAGUUAAUUGCAGCAUCUCCACAUCUCCUUAUUGAAGGUGAUCCUGUCCUUGGCAAUGCCUUAAUGGGAAAAAGGAACAAGCUUCCUAAAGGAAAUUUGAAAGUUCAGACCCUGUCAAUCACAAACAAAGAUGAUAUCCAGCCAACUCUAGAGCAACCAGAGCUAUCAAAACAAAACACAGAAGGAAACCCAUCGCACCAUUCUCGUGAUGAUGGACUUGACGACAACCAUCAUGAUCAAGCUGCAGCAAACGAAACCUUUACAAGCAACCCUCCAGCUAUUCCUGUUGCUCCUGACAACAAACAGAAUAACUGGUGCAUGAAUCCGCCACAGAAUCAGUGGCUUGUCCCAGUUAUGUCACCUUCUGAAGGUCUUGUCUAUAAGCCUUAUGCUGGCCCUUGUCCCCCAGUUGGAAAUCUCUUGACACCAUUUUACGCCAACUGUACUCCAUUAAGACUGCCUUCUACACCAUAUGGUGUUCCUAUGCCUCACCAGCCACAGCAGAUGGUCCCUCCUGGUGCUCCUGCCAUGCAUAUGAACUACUUCCCACCUUUCAGUAUGCCAGUGAUGAAUCCAGGAACACCAGCAUCUGCAGUGGAGCAAGGGAGCCAUGCAGCUGCACCACAGCCUCAAGGGCACAUGGAACAGCAGUCGCUGAUCUCAUGUAACAUGUCACACCCGAGUGGCAUUUGGAGAUUUCUUGCAUCAAGGGACAGCGAGCCACAAGCCAGCAGCGCCAGCAGCCCUUUCGAUAGGCUUGAAGCUCAAGGUGACGGAAGUGGCCCAGUGUCAUUCUUUCCCAAAGCUUCAGUUCUGAAUGCCCAGCCUCAGCCCUCAUCUGGAGGCCGGGAUCAGCAGAACCAUGUAAUCAGGGUUGUUCCGCGUAACGCACAGACUGCUUCAGUUCCGAAUGCCCAGCCUCAGCCAUCAUCUGGAGGCCGAGACCAGCAGAACCAUGUAAUCAGGGUUGUUCCGCGUAACGCACAGACUGCUUCAGUUGCGAAUGCCCAGACUCAGCCAUCAUCUGGAGGCCAGGACCAGUGGAACCAUGUAAUCAGGGUUGUUCCGCAUAACGCACAGACUGCUUCAGAGUCAGCAGCACGGAUUUUCCGGUCAAUACAAAUGGAGAGGAAGCAAAAUGAUUCGUAGCUGGUUCGUGUCAUUUGAUGACAGCUUAAUGCAGUUUACAGGGCUCCCCAAGCUGCAGAUUAUGGUGGCUCAUGUAUUCUGACCACUGAUUGCGCUUACCCAAUCGUCAUAGAUUGGAUGAUACGAUCUUCUGUUCUCUCCAUAGUUGUAAGUCAAGGUUGUGUGCCGCAGUGAUGGCCCUGAGGCCCUGAAGUUGGGAGUCUUUCAUGAACAUGCCAAUGACUGGAAUUGGUAUAUAUAAUGUUACUUUAACUGUGUUGAGCUCAUCACACAGCCGCGCUUCUGUUACUAUGAGUGGUACAGUAGAAAGCAGCAGUCAGAAAUGACUGCCGGUAACGUGGUACGGGGUCGUAGAGAUUGGUGUAUACUGGUAUUAUAGGCUGCUGUGCAAUUCAGUGUUUUUUUAUCUAUAUGGUGCACAGUAUAUGUCGAACCUGUAAGGCAUUCUGGGCAAUGAAUUUGGCUUCCAAAAUUAUUGUGCUGGCCUGCUGGGAACCAUAUUUUAAAAACA